ACAGCAUGGCGGCGUCGGGUCCCUCCACGGACGGCAACACCAACAUCCCAGAUUAUGAAUACGCUGAUGUGAACACCACAGCUUUUCACAUCGGCUCGUUCAGAAACGAGUGGCUGAGCAGACUGAAGGCGGAAGACUUCUCCUACCAGCAGGAGGACGACGACGCCUUCGAUGCUAACUUUGCUAAAGAGAUGGGGGUCGCUGCGGAGACCAUGACCGAACUGAAAUCCAUCUGCAGUCUCGAUUCACUCCGUUGCCAUCCUGAGGAUGAGCAGCCUGAUACAGAAGUUGUACCUCCAGACCCGACACUUAAAACACUAGUACAAAGGAAAAAGAAACAAGAUUACAGAGCUUCUCUGAAAGUCACUAAGAAUAGACAUGACCUCUACGCAGAUGAACUGGAGCGUUUAACUGUUGGCAGAAGACCAGAAGAAGUGGCUGACUUGGUCCCGGAAGGAGAAGUCAUUCUAACCAUCAACGUCUACUACCCUGCCAUUUUUGAGAAAUUUAACUACAUCAGACCCCACAUGACUCUGCUGAUGACAGGCUCCCACAGCUUGGCAGAGCUCAGGGAUGCUAUUUGCUGUGUCAGCGACUUGCAAGUGUGCGGCGAGUUCAGCAACACGCCGGACAUUGCUCCAGACUUCAUCAGCAAAGAUCAUUACAAGUCAGCUUUCUUCUUCUUCGAAGGAGUUUUCUACAAUGACAUGCGUUUCCAAGAGUGUCAAGACAUCAGCAUGACUGUGAUUGAAUGGGCAAAGGCCCGCAACUUCCCACCCCACAGCCAGGCCAAGAUGGAGGACACACGGUUUGUGGAUCUGAAGAUAAAAGUGGGCUUUCCUUACCUCUACUGUCAUCAGGGAGACUGCGAGCAUCUCGUCAUCAUCACAGACGUCAGACUCGCCCACAGGAACGACUGCCUGGACAAGAAGCUUUACCCACUUCUCACUCACAAGCACAGGGUCACCACCCAGAAGUGUGCAGUUUGCCAUGUCUUCAUUGGCAGGUGGUUCACUACCAACGACCAGUUUGCUCCGAGUGAACCGUGUCUGUUCUGUGACAAGUGUUUCCGCAUGCUUCACUACGACUCUGAGGGCAGCAAGCUGGGGGAUUUUCUGGCCUAUCCCUAUGUGGACCGCGGUGCCUUCAACUGAAGCUUUUCUUUAGUGAACGGCUCAGAUUACUGCUUUAAUGCUGUAUAAUACAGUUAAAUAUCUUUGUAUUUCAGAAAGAAAUGUUUUAAGAUUUUGGAAAAUGUAUACUUUAUUUUAAAAGUUUUUCUAUGUUUACACAUUAAUGCUUUGGUUUAAAAAAAAUUCUGCUUGAAAUAAACAAUAACAUGUACUGAAAGAUUCAUGUUCAAACAGAUGUGUAGGACAAACACCCGUGGACUAAAAUGAAGCCAGCAAACCUUUAGGAGUGACCCAAAGGUGCAGAGAGAAAGAGGACCCGUCAAUAUCAAAGCCCACUACCCUUGAUAUUAAAUUAUAAAAUCCCUCCACGUCAAUGAACUAGUAGAGGUACACUUGAGUUUUCCAGGCAAGUUACUUCCUCGGGUAUUUCCAUUCUCAUUUCUUUUUCCCAAUGCUGCCUUACAUGAUUAGUUAAGUUUUUGCACAUUGAGGUGAUACCGUUGUUAUAAUUUGUCUAUAAUCCAUUUGUUACUUUAGCCGUGAUAAGCAUUUAAAAACAAGUGAAUCAUUUCAGAGGGGUUUUAUGGACCUCUAAUGUUCUUUAGAAAGAAAAUGGCAGACCUUGAAGGACAUAAAAAUCCUGUCUAGUCAGUUGAAAGGCAGAAAUGCUGAAAGUUAUUAAGCUGCCAGUCUGAUACGGUUCCACAGAGGGCAGUUAUACCACAUUGGGUCCAUCGCCCAUAUCUGUUGAUCAUGCAAUGCUGGUAAAAAGUGUGGAUCGUAAACUGGAUAACAUAGUGCUUUAACCUCUGUGUAGCUGGAAUUAUUAACCACUUCUAACCAUACCUUGAUAGAAAAACUCACCUUUUGAUUCUGUGAUUGGUUUAUUUAUGAGCUGUAUCAGGACAACGCAGCACCAGCUGUUUCACUGUGAGCUGUUCAUUUGUAAAUGUAAAAGGUUACUUACAUUAUUUACUUUGUUAAAAUGCAUGAGAGUGCAGCUUCAGUGCUUUUCAUAGUUGCAUUCGAGUAAUAAUCA